UCCUCAGCCGUGGUGGGGCAGUUAGAAUAAAAUAACAGAACAAGAUCUCUACAGCUCUGCUCUGCCAUUUGGUGAAAUGGGAGAGACUGUGCUUAAAUGGUCUUUGAUAUCACGAGUUGAUAAAAUCUGAGAUCACCCCAUUUCUCUAUUUUCCGGUUGCUGUAGGGCAGGACUGAAUUCAGUAUAGUCCACAACAAAGGUGCCUCUUGCCAAUGACACUGUCAGCCAGCACCAACCACAGCUCGUGAAAGGGACCUGAACAGGGUAAGUCAGCCUAGGGGAUUUCCAUGAGAACUGAACACAUUUUGCUCAGAGAACUCUGCCCUAAUUUCUCACUGCCUUUUCCUCCUUGCACGGUCCUCAUGCCCACAGGCAGCCAAUGUCCAACAGCAGCUCCAUCACCCAGUUCCUCCUCCUGCCGUUCACAGACACACGGGAGCUGCAGCUCUUGCACUUCUGGCUCUUCCUGGGCAUCUACCUGGCUGCCCUCCUGGGCAACGGCCUCAUCAUCACCACCAUAGCCUGGGACCAGCACCUCCACACCCCCAUGUACUUCUUCCUGCUCAACCUCUCUGUCAUUGACCUGGGCUCCAUCUCUACCACUGUCCCUAAAGCCAUGGGCAACUCCCUUUGGCAGACCAGGGCCAUCUCCUAUGCAGGAUGUGCUGUACAGCUCUUUCUCUUUGUGUUCUUCAUUUCAGCAGAGUUUUUUCUUCUCACAGUCAUGUCCUAUGACCACUACGCUGCCAUCUGCAAACCCCUGCACUACGGGACCCUCCUGGGCAGCAGAGCUUGUGUCCACAAGGCAGCAGCUGCCUGGGCCACUGGGUUCCUCUAUUCUCUGCUGCACACGGCCAAUACAUUUUCACUGCCCCUGUGCAAGGGCAAUGCCCUGGGCCAGUUCUUCUGUGAAAUCCCCCAGAUCCUUAAGCUCUCCUGCCCAGAUGCCUAUCUCAUGGAAUUUAAACUUCUUGUUUUCAGUACUUUUGUCAUUUUAGGAUGUUUUGUGUUCAUUGUGGUGUCCUAUGUGCAGAUCUUCAGGGCCGUGCUGAGGAUCCCCUCUGAGCAGGGACAGCACAAAGCCUUUUCCAUGUGCCUCCCUCACCUGGCCGUGGUCUCCCUGUUUAUCAGCACUGGCUUGUUUGCUUUCCUGAAAUCCCCUUCUAUCUCUUUGCCAUCCCUGGAUCUAGUGCUGGCAGUUCUGUACUCAUUGGUGCCUCCAACAUUGAACCCUCUCAUCUACAGCCUGAGAAACCAGGAGCUCCAGAAUGCAGUGUGGAAACUGAUGCCUGCAUGACUUCCAGAAGCUCUAGACUGUCCAUCUGUUUCAGUAUAUGACUCAUAAUGUAACUCAUUACAGGUCCAUUCUUUCUCAUUAGUUUGUUGUUGUUGUCGUUAGUUUUGUGUUUGUGUUGUCUUUUGUUCUGCCUCUUUUUUUUUAACUUUAAUAAUGUUAUCCACAGAGGAAUGUGGACAACCCAUUUCAACUUCAUUAUCUACUUCGCUAGUGUGACCCUGUGACUAUGUGAACAUGGGGCUCUAUUCUGUUUUUAGUUUAAAAAACAAAAAUGUACCUGCGAUGACUUGUCUUUCUGACUGAUACCCAGGCAUCUACAAAAGAACCAAAAGUCCUUCCUCACAAGUUCCCUACCAAGUGCAAGGGGAAAAGAGGGACCUAAAACCUUCCACGGCGAAAAUGCAAUGGGGCAGUCCUUGAGGUGCCCUCCUACCAGGAAUGGGGAAUGUUCCCAUCCCUUAGGAAAUCCUUCUCUCCCUUAUGACCUGCAUGGUGUUUUUGUUUGGGAAAUCCCUCAUUAUUGUGCAGGUGGUGGCAAAACAGCAUUUGCACAACCCGUGGAC